AUGUUUAAACUUAUAAAACCAAAUAGAAUACAACACAAUGUUUAUAGAAUAUCCAUAGCUAAUUAUUCUGAUAAGAAGAAGAAUAAAGUUAACAUAUCUCAAAUGCCAUUAUCUUAUAUUGGUGUAAUGUCAGAUUUAUAUGUUCCUCCAUCUUGGUCAAGAGUUCCAAUAUUAUAUUGGCCCAAGGUAUUAAUUAAAAGAAUUAGUUUAUUUGCUUUAAAUACUUACAUGAUAGUUAAAUUUAAACAAGAAAUAGGAGUACCAUUGAACUUUAAUAAAUGGAAAGAUGAAUCGAUUGAAAAAUUUAUUAAUAUUAAUAAAACAUUUACAAAAUCAUGUAAUAAUCAUUCAUCAAAAAUAAUAGAUCAAUUAAAUAAUCAUGCUGGUAAAUAUUUAAUUGAUAUGUUAAAAAUUAGAUCAAAUUCAUUUCCAAAAUCAUCAUCAUCGAUUUCAUGGGAAAUUAAAUCAAUUGAUAAAAAUCCAAAAAUUGUUUUAUUUAAUGUUAUACCUGAUCAAAAUGGGUUGGGGUUAUUUGUUCAAUAUAUAAUGCAAUUAAAAACAACUCAAGAAAUACAGGUUGAUGGUAAAAAACACGUUGUCGAAAAUAAUGAUUAUUUAGUAUAUUCAAUGAAUCCAAUAACUGAAGAAUUAUUAUUAGUUGGUAAAUUAUUUGAAUGUGAUUAUAAAAGAGGUUUAAAAGGUGAAUUAGAUAUGUUUGAUCAAAAAACAAUGCAAAAAUUCCUUUUAUUGGCCGCUGAUAUAUAUAGAGAAGAUCCAAAAACAUCUAAACAAAAACUUGAGUAA